GGGGAGGCGCCUUCAGCGCCGGGCCACGCCUCUUUUACACUAUAGCGCCUGGUACUUAGAAAAAAAUACUAAGGAACGCACAACCCGUUUGUCACCGCGCGCUGUUGGAAAAAUAUGAUCCCGCGGAGAGCGGCUCCUGCGUUUCAACACUCCGGACCACAUUUCCACUGCGACUAAUCCCGGCUCACACCCUCCCGGACCCAUCGCUGAGUGUUCUCCGCUCCGUGCGCCUCUCCCCUGCGCUCUCCCCCCGCGUCUCUGCCUGCGCUGGAUCGUCCGUGCCCGAAAAUGUGCGUGGAGAGCGACGGAUGCGAGCUGGAAGGCUGCAGCAGUUCGGACGAGGUGCGCACGCUGUCGGGAAGCAUGAGCCCCGGACUCAUAACCAGCCCGAACCUUCACCCGUGCAGACCGGGCCAGACGUUCCGCGCCGCGCUGCUCAAGUGCCGCUCACCGGCUGCUGCCGCCGGGAUCCUCAGUUUUGGAAACGUCCUCAAUUACAUGGAUAGAUACACUGUGGCCGGUGUUUUGCUCGACAUCCAGCGGAACUACGACGUCAAAGACAGCGGAAUCGGCCUGCUGCAAACAGUCUUCAUCUGCAGCUUCAUGGUGGCAGCUCCCAUCUUCGGUUACCUGGGCGACCGCUUCAACAGAAAGGUCAUCCUGAGCUGUGGCAUUUUCUUCUGGUCUAUUGUUACGCUGUCGAGCUCCUUCAUCAGCAAAGAGUACUACUGGCUGUUCGUGCUCUCCAGGGGACUGGUGGGCAUCGGUGAGUCCAGCUACUCCGCCAUCUCUCCCACCAUCAUAGGAGACCUGUUCACCAACAACAGCCGCACCAUGAUGCUGUCGGUCUUCUACCUGGCCAUCCCACUGGGAAGCGGGUUGGGUUACAUCCUGGGAUCCUGCGCCAAGGAGGCAGCAGGGGACUGGCACUGGGCACUGAGGGUGUCCCCGGUUCUGGGGAUCACGGCCGGAGCCCUGAUCCUGCUCUUUGUGCCCGAGCCCAAGCGAGGCAGCGCUGACCAGAUGGGAGGACGCAUCCGGACCCGCACGUCCUGGUUCUGUGACAUGAAGGCGCUCGCCAAGAACCGGAGCUACGUGUUCUCCUCCCUGGCGACGACGGCCGUGUCCUUCGCCACGGGGGCGUUUGGUAUGUGGAUACCACUGUACCUGUCGCGGGCCCAGGAGGUGCAGAAGACGGUGGAGCCGUGCACAAAAGACAUCUGCAGCAGCAGAGACAGCAUGAUCUUCGGGGGCAUCACCUGCAUAACGGGCCUGCUGGGCGUGCUCAUCGGCGCGGUGACCACGCGCCUGUGCCGCCAGAAGACGGAGCGCGCCGACCCCCUGGUGUGCGCCGUCAGCAUGCUGGGCUCGGCCAUCUUCAUCUGCCUCAUCUUCGUGGUGGCCAAGAAGAGCAUCGUAGGAGCUUACGUUUGCAUCUUUAUAGGAGAGACGCUGCUUUUCCUAAACUGGGCCAUAACAGCUGACAUUUUAAUGUUUGUUGUGAUCCCCACGCGAAGAGCAACCGCCGUCGCCUUACAGGGCUUCAUCUCUCACCUCCUGGGCGACGCGGGAAGCCCCUACCUGAUCGGCCUGAUCUCCGACAGCCUUCAGCAGAGCUACACCAUGUCGGCGCUGUGGCGCUUCCUCAGCCUGGGCUACGCCCUCAUGCUCUGUCCCUUCAUCAUCGUCCUGGGGGGCAUGUUUUUCCUGGCCACCGCGCUGUUUUUCCUGGACGACAGGGAGAAGGCCGAGAAACAGUUGAACCAGCUGGCACAGACGUCCUCCUCAGUCAGGGUAUGACCAGGUGACGGCGAGCGGCGAAUGAAGGAGCCGCUCAGCUCGACGGGACAAAUGGAUUUCUCCGAAGCCCGCCCGUGCCCUCCCCGUCGCCACCGCCGCCACGCUCAACCUCCGUCGCUUCGCGCUUGCUGCUCUUGGACUCGACACGCGUGUGGAGGCUGCUCAGAACUGGAACAAGGGCGCGUCUUGCCCCUUCGGGAACUGCCUCUGAGUCACAGGCCAUUGAGGAGGCCGCCAGCGGCGGACCCCGUGAAUUCCCUCCACUCCUGCUGUCGUACUACUGAAUGCUGACCAUAAAGCGGCCCAGCCUGUCUGUCUGUCUGUCUGUCUGUCUGUCUGUCUGUCUGUCUGUCUGUCUGUCUGUCUGUCUGUCUGUCUGUCGUCUGUCUGUCUGUCUGUCUGUCUGUCUGUCUGUCUGUCUGUCUGUCUGUCCGUCCGUCCGUCCGUCCGUCCGUCCGUCUGCCCGUCCAUCUGCCUGUCACAUCAGCUGUCAAUCUGCACCAAGUGCCAUAGCACCAUUACAUUCCUUCAGACAUUGCACUGACCGAUGACGUCGUCCAUCAGCUUCAUCUGCAGCCGCUCCUGUAAACACGCAGUAGCCGCAAUGCGACGCGACCGCCGCGGCCGACGUAUAAUUGUCGGCGUUGCGUAAAUCGACGCAACUGAUCCCACGACCCUGCGCGUCUCCGCUGCAGUAUUAACGACGACGGCCUGAAAAACUAAACACAGCGUUCACCUGGUGAAUGCAGCAUCAAAGCGCUGCUGUGCAUGGAAACCCCCCCCCAGAGCCGCAAAGUCUCACCGUCUAAGAGGUCAAUGAAUCAGCCUUAACAAUUGGAGCUUUCCCACCAACAGUUACUGUGCGUGUUUUUACUUUUAGCUUUUAGCACUUAAGCUCGUGUGGAAGGUGCCGGAGGGCGGGACAGGGACGUUCCGCACAUUGUUUGUCCUUUUUCUGUAUGAUGUUAUUUGUUGGGGGUCUAUCAUUGUUUCUGAAGGAUGAGGAAGCAAUCGGGGUGACUUAAAGUAGACACUGGAUUAUAUAUUACGUUUUUCAAGAUGAAGUAAAUGCUACGUUGCAAUAAGCAAUACAGGAAACAUUUGGUGCGAGCCGACCUGGUUCCUGAGCCAGGUCUCCCUUUAGCGGGGUGCUUUGCUGAUGGCUGGUUUUGGAUUUCUGGACACAACAGCCACGCGUAGAUGGAGUUACUACUAAUGAUGGACCCCAGUCUGGCUACAAUAACAGGUAUUGUGACAGAGGACCUUUACCCCCCGUUUGAAAUUGUAGGUAUCCCGUUCCAGCGUUAAAGAAAGGCGCUUUGAGCAGAGCUGGAGUCGCUGUCAUCACAAUCCCAGACAGAAACAGAAUCUUAUACUUAUCACUGAUGACAGAUAAGGAAAGAAUCCCCUGUUUGGAAAUAGAACCAAUGGAACAGAUUUGGGUUCCUUCAUUCUAUGCAUCGAUUUCAGUAAUGUCGAGUAAUUAUGCAAAUUGAAUGCAAUCUGCUAAAAGGAAGGAAACGAUCUGAGACAGCUGUUUGUACAGUAAGUACUGAAGCUUCAUCAGAACGAUGGAUUUCUUGUUUAUUACCUGGUGGAGACAAUAUCACUGAAACCUUGAAGCCACUAAUGGAGUUUUUAAAAGACAAUAUUGCAUGAAAAGGAGGGUAAAAAGCACUUUCCAAACCUCCAACGAAACAGUAGGACUGACCUUGGCGGAGGAAUAAAGGGAGACAUCGAGCUGGUUCUUGUAGCAUUGGUGUGUGAGCAUGACUCACUGGCUGCGUGUGUGUGUGUGUGUGUGUGUGUGUGUGUGUGUGUGUGUGUGUGUGUGUGUGUGUGUGUGUGUGUGUGUGUGUGUGUGUGUGUGUGUGUAGGGGGUGCUGCGUGGGCUGUGUCCUUGAUGCCAGAUCCUUAGCUUUAGCUUCCCUCCCACCGCGUGGAGCUCCCUGAAAGGGAUCGUGUCCAACCUGAUGUGUUUACACACCUCCAUCUUAACGAACUAAGCUUCUUACGUCCAUUGUAUCUAUUUUCUUUGUGUUUUUUUUAAUUGUUACCAAAUGGGUUUUUCUAUUAACUACAACAGAUAUAUAGAUAUAUAUAUAUAUAUAUACAUAGCUAUAUCACGCAGCAACUUUAAUAUAUUGUAAAUGAUGGCUUGAAUUUAAUGUAUUUAUUUGUAACUACGAUGAAGAAUAAUCUAUAAAGGGAAGCUAAUGUUGCGUAUGCUACUCAUGUGAUUCUAUUCAUUCUUUUGUAUUAUGGAACAACACAUUACCUUUUUGCAUCACUAAAGUUCAUUUGUUACUGUGAUCAUGGAUUGGAAAUAUUUCAUAUUUGCAUAAUCUCUCAUGUAUGGGUGCAAUACUUUGUAUUCAUCUUUGUAGCUCUUGUAUAUGUCUUUGUUUUUAACCAUUUUGCACACGACGUUCAGGGAUUUGUUUGACCCAUUGCCUAGCAUCAACUUCACGGCCUCUGGCUUGGAGGUGUGUCACCUCGUGCUCACAAGAAGUGCUGAUGUGAAUCAUCAGAAAGAAUGUUGGUUCCGGUCAGACGGGUAAUGAAUUGAUUUUCACUUUUGCCAAAUUUAAUUGAUUAGCAGCAGUCCUUUAGGCGUACACGUCCACACUGAGUAGUUCUAUGUUAAUCACUGAAGUGAUGUAUUGAAAGUAUCUCUUGUUAUACAAGAAUUGUGUAUAAAGAAGCCUAUUUCUGAUGUUCAGCAGGAAAAAUAGGUGUUUUUAUUUUUAGAGUAAGUCAAUACAAGAGUGUCAGAGAAAUCAAAGGGUAUUAUUCUAGAACUGAACUGUGAUGCUCCCUCAGUGGGUUGGUAGAAAAUGUACACGUCUGUAAAUGAAAUAAACCUAUUUAAUCACCUCG